CUCCUCCCCCAGGAGCCAGCAAGACAUGAAGCUCUUGGGCCUCCUCUCUCCUCUGGUUUCUGGUUGCCCUGAAUGCCCCCACCCUGGCCACGGUGGCCCUGAGGAUCCAGUCUGAAAAGAUGCAGGCUGGUGGCAGCCACCACACAGAGCGGAGGGUGUGUGUGUGCGGGUGAAUGGGGGCCUGCUGUGGGUACGGACACAGGCGGCUGAGGAGUGAGGCUCCUGGCCUGGAGUGGGGGAGCGCAGAGGCCCAAGAGCCCCUUCUCUCUGGACCCAAAAGAGGGCCUGGUCUAGGCUGGCAGCCCUGAGCAGCAGGGUUUAAAGCUGGCAGGGAGAAGCAGCCAUGGGGCCUCUGGCCGGGCUGCAGGGUCUCACAUUAAGCUGUCUUCUCCCGAAGCCCCUCUGUGAAAGGUUUCUCAGGUGUCUGGAGGCAGAAGUCCUCUGCCGGCAGGCAGGAAACCCCCGAGCCUGCGGAGCAGGAAAAGAAGGCAGGAGCCCUGGGACCAGUGACAGGACCCGGCAGGGCCUCUGAGACCUGGCUUCUGGGCCCUUCUGUCCCUCCUGAGUCUCCCCACAGGGCGCCAGCUCUGUCCUGCCUGUCUUCCAUCCGAGGCCAAGAGCAGCUGUCAGGCCCUCCUUCUCUCUCUGUGGCCCCACCCAGCCUCUGCCAAGCUGGGAGCCUCCCAGGAGCCUUGGUGCCCGCUGAGUGCCCCCAGGAGGUCCUGGGCGGAGCAGCCCGCAGUGAGCCUUCCGGAGGGAUAACCCUCCACGACCCCCAGGAGAUCAGUGUACACGCAGACGUGGGAGACCCCCAUGGAGCCCCUGGGUGAGCAGCCCCUACCAGCACUGCCCCAAGAAGAGACCCCACCCAAGGACUCAGGCCUGGAGGCAGAGCCCAGCACGCACACCCUCUACGUGGGCCACCUGAACCCCCAGUUCUCCGUGCCUGUGCUCGCCUGCCUGCUGCGGGACACCCUGGAGCGGCUGCAGCUGCCAGUGGCCCGGGAGGACAUCGAGGUGGUGCGGCGGCCCGGGAAGGCCUACGCACUGGUGCACGUGGCCACUCCCAAGGCCGCCCUGGGCUCGCUGCCCUGGCGCCUGCAGAUGGCCUUGGAGGAGCACCUGAUUGUCAAGGAGGUGGCGGCGCGUGGGAAGGAGCUGGUGCUGGCUGAGGGCCGGGGCCCCCUGCUGAGCCGCAGAGAGGAGGAGGACAGCGGCCCCAGCCCAGGCCCCAGCCCUGGCCCCAGCCCAGGCUCCGGUUUCCUGAAGCCCGCGCGGCCCCCAGGCCUCUCUCCCAACGGGCCCUGGACCCGGCCGCAGUGGAGCCCCCAGGCCCGGCCCAGCGGCGUGCGCUCCGACAGCGCCAUUGCGCACCAGGAGAUCCUGGGCCAGGAGCGGCUCUUCCAGGGCGCCUUCCUGGGCAGCGAGACGCGCAACGUGGAGUUCAAGCGGGGCAGCGGCGAGUACCUGAGCCUGGCCUUCAAACACCACGUGCGGCGCUACACGUGCGCCUUCCUCAACAGCGAGGGUGGCAGCCUGCUGGUGGGCGUGGAGGACAGCGGCCGCGUGCAGGGCAUCCGAUGCAGCCACCGCGACGAGGACCGCGCGCGCCUGCUCGUGGACUCCAUCCUGCAGGGCUUCAAGCCCCAGGUCUUCCCUGACGCCUACACCCUCACCUUCAUCCCCGUCGUCAGCACUGCCCCGAGCAACACCCCCCUCAAGGUGCUACGCCUGACCGUGCACGCCCCCAAGGUGCAGGGCGAGCCGCAGCUCUACGAGACAGACCAGGGGGAGGUGUUCCUGCGGCGCGACGGGAGCAUCCAGGGCCCGCUGUCUGUCAGUGCCAUCCAGCAGUGGUGCAGGCAGAAGUGGAUGGUGGAGCUGAGCAGACUGGAGGAGAAAGUCAAGGUGCUGACGGUGGAGAAGGAGCAGCUACAGCAGCGGCGGCGGCACUGGCCCGUCUCCUGCACCUGCUGUGUCCUGUGAGGCCCCAGGCAGCAGGCAGGUGCUGCCCUCUGGGCAGGGAGAGCCGGGAGCUCCUAUUUGGGCCUAAGUCCUCCUGACGGGGAAGCACACUGCGCACAGGCUGGUCCCCACGUGGCUCUGACCCUGAGCAGACCCCCAUCUGUGCGGCUGAGACAUUGCUCUCAGGCCCCAAAGGAACCCCACUUUCAGAAAGGACUGUACAAACAUGGCCAGUGUCACCCCAGGGCCGAGCUACACAGGGCUGUCCUCCCUGGGACGUUUGGCUUGCCCAGGCCAGGGUCUAUGCUGGGCAGGGGCGGGGCCUGUCCAGACCUGGUUUACUUGCUGCAACUUGUGGCUGUCAAAGCUUCUUAAUAAAUUCCUUGCCCCCGG